AAUAAUUUACGUGCCAUGCUUAAUCAUGCACUGGAAAAUAUCCGUCUUAGACAGUAUGAACUCCUCAUGGACGAUGGACCGUGCUGUUCAAAUCAAACCAGAAAAGCCAUUCUGGAUGAACUGCAUGCGCUCUACGUUUACAGCAGCAUGUGCAGCUGGAUAGAUUUCCCUUCACUGCCAUCAAAUUUCGCAGCAUUCAAUGAUACAGCCGUGCAUUACAUACCAAAAAAUGUUAAAAAAUUGCCAAAAAUACCGGAUAUACCGCCGAUGUACAAAAUUUUUGCCCAUGAAAUUAUCCUUUAG